AAGUAUAACUGUCAUUCUUCAACAUUUGUGACAUACUGAAAUUGUUUGAACAUUUUUCUACUAUAUUUUCAAUUUAAUGUAAAACCAGUAUAAUUUAAGUUUGUGAUAGUUAUAUUCGUGUUGACUGACCAGAGUCCACGGAUAAUAUAUGUCAAGAAAUAUUCCAUUAUAAGAAACGUAAGUUAAAAGAAUUAUAGACCAACACCCUUCUGCAGAAUAUAUAUUUAAAAUGACUGAACAACAUAGAUUUGGGAAUAUCAUAGCACCUAUAACGUGUCAUGCUUGGAAUAAGGAUAAAACACAAAUCGCUCUGUCUCCAAACAAUCACGAGGUACAUAUAUAUAAAAGAAACGGAGCCGAAUGGAAACUUUUAGAUACUCUGAAUCAACAUGAUUUGAGAGUAAUGGGAAUAGAUUGGGCUCCAAACACAAAUCGAAUAGUAACAUGUGCGGCGGAUCGUAACGCUUACGUUUGGACCCAAGAUAAAGAUGAUAAAUGGAAACCUACUUUGGUAUUAUUGAGAAUAAAUAGAGCCGCAACAUGCGUAAAAUGGUCACCUGAUGAAAAUAAAUUCGCAGUUGGUUCUGGAGCUCGUUUAAUUUCUGUUUGUUAUUUCGAAUCUGAGAAUGACUGGUGGGUUUCUAAGCAUAUUAAAAAGCCUAUUAGAUCAACCGUCACCUGCUUGGAUUGGCAUCCAAACAAUGUGCUUCUUGCAGCUGGUUCUUCUGAUUUUAAAGUCAGAGUAUUUUCAGCUUACAUCAAAGAUAUCGAAAAGACUCCUGAAGCAACUGUUUGGGGGUCAAAAAUGCCGUUUGGGCAGUUAAUGAUGGAAUUUAUAAAUUCUAACGUUGGUGGUGGAUGGAUUCAUAGCCUUAGUUUUUCUCCCGAUGGUAACAAGAUUUGUUGGGUGGCCCAUGAUUCUUCAGUGAACUUUGCGGAUGCAAGUAAGGGUAACGUCGUUCAAAAGAUUCGUACUGAAUUUCUACCCUUCUUAAGUUGUACUUGGAUAACAAAUAAAUCAGUAGUGGCUGUUGGUCACAGUUGUAUACCGAUCGUUUAUGGGCUUAAAAAUGACGAUCGGUUUGGUUUCGUCGCAAAAUUGGAUACUUCUUUGAAAAAGGAAAGCGGAGGAUUGUCCGCUAUGCGAAUGUUCCAUUCUUUAGAUAAACAGGCUAGAACUGAAACUUCCGAUACCAAUUUGGAUUCGAUCCAUCAAAACGCCAUAACUUGUGUAUGUAUAUACAUGGGGGAUAAAGAAAAAACAUUAAAAAUCUCCACUUCAGGAGCUGACGGGCUGUUAGUUAUUUGGGAUUUGAAUUUGCUGGAAAGAUCGCUACAAAAUUUGAAAAUCGCUUGAAAUCAAACGAUUUUUACAAUUAUUUUAUUAAUAUAGUUUUAAUGGGUUGUAAAAUAAAUAAAAACAAUC